AAUUGAGCCUCUACUGAAAUUGCGGUACCACCAGCCACCAGCACACGACUGUGCUGGGAUUGUGUACACUGUACUACUAGACUAGUAGCAGGUGAAAGAACCAGCUCACUCAGCAGUACCGUAGAUUGCUGUGAUCCAAGUGAGUUGCCUGUUGCUUUGCUGGUUCCCCACAGGAAGGCUUCUUCACCGCUCCACUGCCCAAUCUUGGUUUUGGGUUGGCAACUCUCUUGUGGCGCUUGCUUGGCUGGGACGACUCAAACUCACAAUUCCAAACUUGGACAAUCCACUCACAACAACAACGCCGCUACUUUUCUCACAACCACAACAAUAAUGAUCAUGUACACCACACUAGCAAACACCGAACCCACACUCGUUGUCUCCUGCGACGACCAAAAGAUCAGCCGCAAGCGCUCUCGCAGUGAAUUGCAGCGCACAGCCUCGGAACGAAUCCCCGAAACCAAGAGGCGCCGCGUCUCCAUCACCAAGGCUGUUGGCUUCACCGCCACUGUCACUGUCGUUCCCACUGUCUCCACUUCCAACAGCGACAACUGGUACAACGAUGCCGAGGCACACAGCUUCAAGGCUAACGUCAAGCGCGAUGUCGUCUACUUGGCCAAGCUCUGCAAGGAAAACCGCCUCCGCGACAUGGACCACACUGAAUUCUGCUCCGUCGGUGUCGAGCGAUACUGCUGCGCUCCUGCCACCCGCAACCAAACCAAGGCCAUGAAGGAACAACGCGUCCGAGCUGUCCUCCAACAACAAGCCGCACAACGCGCCAUGGGCAUUUACGACCCCGAGGCCAUUCGUGCGGUCGCCACUGGAUACUCCGAGCAAUCACGCGACCGCGCUUUGCAAUUGGCCGCUCGUCUUUGCCAAUAAGCAACAACACAUCACAAUACAAUACAAUACGGUCUUCCAGCUCCUCGCUUCCAAAAUACAAUACAUGCUGUCUUCCCGCUCCUGCUUCCGCGCACAAUAGAAUACACUGCAUAAACAAAUAGACUACUAUAGAGUACAAAUACAAUAC